AUGUACUCGCAGCUCCCCGCGUUCCUGCUCUACACGGUCCUCCUCCUACCUUCCCUGGGGCCGUGCGCCACCGUGUCCGCGCUCCCAAGCCUGAACCUGAACCUGCGACCGCGAUUGCCAAAGGUGUCGUUACCGGCCACUUGGAGUGGCAGCGCUCGGGACGCAGGCCUGUCUUCCCUGCUCCCGCGUGCCGGUGCUUGGGUGAAGAGAGCGGCGGCGGCUUCGGGAAGCUCGAGCUUUGAAUACGACAGGAACGGCACGAGCUUUCUGUGGGUGAUCCAGGACACGUACGCGGGCAAGACGUUCUUCGAUCGGUUUGGGUUCUACAGCGACUCGGAUCCUACGCAUGGGACCGUAACCUAUGUGAACCAAUCAACCGCCUUCUCGAGCGGCCUUGCGUAUGUCACGGAUGACAAUAAAGUUAUAAUGAAGGGCGAUAACACCACUUGGUUGCCCGAGGGCGCAUACCGUAACAGUGUCCGCGUCUCCAGCUACACCCAAUACAACACUGGGCUGUUCAUCCUCGAUGUAGAUAGGGCUCCGUGGGGAUGUGGGGUGUGGCCAGCAUUUUGGACCCUCGGCGGCGGGCAAUGGCCUUAUACAGGAGAGAUCGAUAUCUUAGAAGGCGUGCACGAUAAUCAGCAUAACCAAGUUACAUGGCAUACCGGGCCGAACUGUACGCUGACACCGACGAAUUUCACGGGAACCAUCGUGGAUAACCUCGACUGCGAUUGCAGUAAUAACCGGAACAGCAACGCCGGCUGCGGGGUGACCGAGUGGAGCCGUGCGUCGUAUGGACCGACGUUCGACGCCCAGGGCGGCGGCGUGUUCGCCAUGAAGUGGGAUGACCAGGGCAUUGCAGUUUGGUCAUUCUAUAGAGCCGCGGUGCCCGCCGAUGUCAUCAACGGGACUCCCAAUCCCUCGAGCUGGGGCGAGCCUGUCGCUGCCCUGGACCCGUCGGGAUGCGAUCCCCUCACUAAUUUCGUGAACCACUCCAUCAUCUUCGAUAUCACCUUCUGCGGUGACUGGGCUGGUAAUUCGUACGCGACCUCCGGAUGCCCUGGGACGUGCGCCGAGCGUCUCAUGGAUCCUAGUAAUUUCGUGAAUGCGUCCUGGAUUAUCAACACCUUGAAGGUGUACAAAAAGCAGAUAAUUACCGGUCAGGUUUCAGCUGCAGCCGCGCCGUCGUCGCCACCAGGCCCCUCUGCAUUCUGGUGGGUGAUAGCCCUGUUGCUGAGCACGACUGGGCUGCUUUUGUAG